UUAGCUUUUUAUUGUUCUUAUUUUUUAGUCCACAAAUGGGCACCAUUCGGAACAAGCUUAUCAUCAUUUGUUCCAUAUUGUCUCAUAUUUUAGCCAAACACAUUGGUCUUGCCUAUAAUAUUAGUGCAUUCUUUGUUUUCGGAGAUUCUUUGGUUGACGGGGGAAACAACUAUUACAUCGACACAUUGGCGAAACCCGAGUAUCCUAAUGGUAUCGACUUCCCCAAAGGAAUUCCGUCCGGUCGUUACACCAAUUCUCGAACUAUUGCCGACAUUGUAGAAGAGGAAAUUGGCUUUAUAGAUUAUGCUCCUCCUUUCCUAGCACCUAAUACAACUGGAGAUAUGAUUUUGAAAGGUGUUAACUAUGCCUCCUCUGGAGCUGGAAUUUUACAAGCCACUGGAGCAUUUUUUGGUGAAAGAAUUAAUAUGGAUAAACAAGUGGAUUACUUUGCAAAGACUAGGGAAGACAUUAUAUCAAGAAUUGGUGCAACAGCGGCUCAAGCAUUGCUUAGAAACUCACUCUAUUUUCUUGGCAUUGGGGCUAACGAUAUCUUAUUUGGAGAACUUCGAUCAGUUUUGGGUACCAACGAUUAUGUGGAUGAAAUAAUUUCAAAUUUCAAAUCCCAACUCACAAGGCUUUAUAACUUGGAUGCUAGGAAGAUUGCAGUGCUUAAUGCCCCAAAAGUGGGUUUAAUACCAUUUGAGAGGGACGUACAUUUAUGUGGCCAGGCUUGUGUUUCCUUACUAAAUAGAAUGGCCAUGUUAUAUAACUCUAAACUGAAGAACUUGCUCGAAGAUCUUACCGAAAACCUACCGGGAUCGACAUUCGCUUAUAUCGAUUAUUAUGCUUUAACGGAAGACAUAAUUAACAACUAUAGAUCAUAUGGAUUUGAGAAUGAUGAUCAUGCUUGUUGUGAAGUGAUAGGGGCACAUGGCGGUCUAAUUCCAUGCAUAUCGUCAUCUCGAGUUUGUCCCGACCGAAGUAAAUACAUUUUCUGGGAUCCAUUCCAUCCAACGGAUUCGGCGGUUGUAAUCGGAGCAAAGUAUGCAUUGGAUGGUGGCCUUGAAUAUGUUUCACCCAUCAAUAUCCGACAACUUGCUAAUUCUUGAUAACACGUCAUCAUCUGAAGCAGUGACGAUGUUAUUACUUUGUUGUGCUCUUCAAUCCUUAGAACGAUUGUAAUGCUUAGCUUUCUUCACUAUUAAUAAAUUGGAUUUUUGGCUUAGCCAAAAAAAAA